AGGGGUCACAGCAAGAGCACAGUCAUCAGAUGACCGGCUGCAUCACUGGUCCCUGGAUGCAGCACAUCUCUGAUCAAAACUCACCAAAUUUCCAAGAGUUUAUACUGCAGCACCUGUGUAUAAUGCCCAGAUGUACCCUUUGGCUUAUAUAUUGCAUGGAAAUCUGGCUCUGGGGUUAGCAGUGCCUCCUGAGCCAUUUAGCUCACCGCACGUCCCUGAUGGUGCAGAUGUUAUUUCCACUUGCCGGGAUGCCAGCGCUGGCAUUCCGAGAUGUGUUGGGAUUCCGUUGUCACCAUUUUGACUGCCAGUAUCCCGACUGGCUGGAUCUUAACUGAUUCCCAAACGGAUAUUACCUACCUAAUACAUGGGUAUUACCUAUGAUGAAGAUAUGGAAAUGGAUAUUACCUAUGGAGACAUGGAAAUGGAUAUAUCAUGUUAAGUUCGUUUAACUUACAGAGUUGGCAACACUGCUGCCAGUGCCAGCAUCAGCUGGGCUCCUGGAUAGAUGUUCCUGUUCAUCUACCCUGCUCUCCCUGCCAUGGAAGCCCGGUGGUGCCGCAGCUGACGAUUACCUCCGCUCCUCCUGCUCUCCGCGUAACUCUAGGGUUACCUCUUAUUUAUUUAUAUUGUAUAGUAGUGAGUGACAGAGACGCCACCAUGCAGAUCAUUGUGGGCAUAGGCGGUGUUACCAAUGGUGGCAAGACCACGCUGACAAACCGACUGAUAAAAUCUCUGCCCAAUUGCUGUGUUGUACAUCAGGAUGACUUUUUUAAGCCCCAGGACAAGAUCAAAUUUGAAGAUGGAUUUAAGCAAUAUGAUGUGAUCAGUGCUUUGGAUAUUGAAGCUAUGAUCGAAACAAUUGAAGCCUGGAAAAAGGACCCUGUGAAGUUUGAGCGAUCUCAUGGUGUUAACAACACUAUGGAUAGUGAUGUACGCCAAAGGACUGAGGAGCAGGAGGCUUGUCACAUCCUAAUUGUGGAAGGCUUUCUUCUCUAUACCUAUGAACCACUAAUUGAGAUGUUCACGCAUCGUUAUUUUAUUUCAAUACCCUACGAUGAAUGCAAGAGGAGAAGGAGCUCCCGAAACUACACUGUUCCUGAUCCACCAGGACUUUUUGAUGGCCAUGUCUGGCCAAUGUAUGUGAGACACAAGAAGAUCAUGGAGGAACUGAAUAUCAUUGUGGAACAGCUAAAUGGAACACAUACAAGGGAAGAGCUAUAUAACAGAGUGUAUGGAGAUGUUCUAAACUUGAUAAACUGCAAGUUGCAGUGCUAUGCAGAAGAAAAUGUGACUAACAGUAUCUGGAUGAGAAGAUGAUCCUGCACAGAUCCUUCUACAGACAAACCGUGCUGGUGUCAGAAUGCUGUCCGAUUCUAAGGAUGAAACUUCCAAUCUUUUAACUCUGAAGGCCCAUACACACUAGGCGAUUUCAGAAUAAAAAAAAAAAAAAUGAUAACUACAUAAAAUUAAUUAAUAUUUUUAAGACUUAUAUCGUCCAGUGUGUAUGGGGGUUAACGUUGGUGACCGAUGAACGACACCGUUCAGCGAUCACCAAUAUCGAGCUGACAUGCAGGCCAACCCGUCAAUGUCGGGCUGAGCUGCAUGUUCGGGAAUGCCAGUGGUGACGUCACUGAACGUUAUCGUUGAACGAUAACGUUCAGUGUGUACGCACUAUAUCGUUGAACACUAUAUUGUAUAUUGUUCAACAAUAUAGUCGUCAGUCGCCAGCAUUCCACUAUUGGGUAGUGUGUACCCGCUUUAAGGGCAAGAUGUAAUAGGGUCCUAGAUUGCCAGAGGUGUGGGAUGCCAGCUAAUCUUGUUUUUUUAAAGGGGCAAUCACUUACAAGGUAUGGUUUUGUCUUGUAAGUCAUUUUCCCUUUAAAAAACCGUCCAAGAUCAUCCGGCAUCUCGCACCUCUGGCGAUCUCAAACUCUGUUACGUCUUGCCCCAAAUCUGCAGCAGCUUCUUUUAAUGCUCUUAUACUACUCUGAGAAAGAUUGUCUUCUUUGUAAAUCUUUAAAUCAUAAAUGCUGGAACUGAGCGGGUCAUUCCGAGUUGUUCGCUCGUUAUUUUUUUCUCGCAACGGAGCGAUUAGUCGCGAAUGCGCAUGCGCAAUGUCCGCAGUGCGACUGCGCCAAGUAAAUUUGCUAUGCAGUUAGGAAUUUUACUCACGGUUUUUUCUUCGUUCUGGUGAUCGUAAUGUGAUUGACAGGAAGUGGGUGUUUCUGGGCGGAAACUGGCCGUUUUAUGGGAGUGUUUGAAAAAACGCUACCGUUUCUGGGAAAAACGCGGGAGUGGCUGGAGAAACGGAGGAGUGUCUGGGCGAACGCUGGGUGUGUUUGUGACGUCAAACCAGGAACGACAAGCACUGAACUGAUCGCAGAUGCCGAGUAAGGUUGAAGCUACUCAGAAACUGCUAAGAGGUGUGUAAUCGCAAUUUUGAGAAUCUUUCGUUCGCAAUUUUAAGAAGCUAAGAUUCACUCCCAGUAGGCGGUGGCUUAGCGUGUGUAAAGCUGCUAAAAGCAGCUUGCGAGCGAACAACUCGGAAUGAGGGCCUGAGUUAGCUGAACCUGCAUUUACUUUGUGUGGAAUUUUAAAACUUGAAAUAUGGAAACUAGCCUAUUAGAUUAUAAAUGAAUGUGAUGCUACUGUAGCUCAGUGUGCAUGAAUUGUUAUUGAGUAAUGUUUUUUCUUCUGCACUUUUACGCAGUCCUUCCUGCAUGGUGGUUUUGCUUUGUCUCUAUUGUUUUGUUAACUAUAUAUAUAAAAUG